AUGUCGUCGCGACCAAAUGGACGACCAGAAGCUUGCGAUCCAUGUCGUGCACGCAAAGUCGCCUGCGACCACAGACGACCCAUUUCGUCGCGAGUCAAAGCUUCGAUUCAGUCUAGUCCAAGUCUCUCACCACAACCUGCCAAGCCGAUGGCACGAGACUACGCAUUCAGUCCAGGCUACCUUGGUUUUACAAGCUACAACUCGGUCUUCCAAGGAGCUCGAGAGAGUCUAUCUCUUUCUGACACGGGCUCUGGAAUUCCCAGCCCAGAGGUAUCAAACCCUGGAAGCGAUGAUGUUUGUUUACGCAGCCUGCCUUUGCCAACACAGCAAAUGUGCCUUGUUGUACUACGAUAUCUUCCGGGACGACCAGAAGCACAUAUGAUAUUCCACGACGAACCUGGUCCUGAAAACACCACAACUUGGUCUCACACGGCUGUAUCAAGAAUCAUUAAGUCUUUGCGGCAACUUUUUCAAAGCUUUGAGGGCAGUGAAUGCUUCGAUGAGCAGGUUGCUGAUGUGCUGUGCCGCAACACCUCAAAGCCUGUUAACGAUACCUUUGAUGGUUUUGAUGACUGGAUAGCCCAGUUCUGUGGGCCAAACAUCCGAUGGGAAUCUAUAGGGCUUCUGUGGGCUCAUCUCGAAGGUCUUUCAGAUGCAAUAUCCACCCUGAAAUAUCGUCAGCUUCAAUGGGUUGGAGGCAAGCGAUCAUCUGUUCUCUCACACGAUCACAUACACUACUGCAUUGAGAUAGCGCGCCGUUUCACAGCUGGCAACAAUAUGCUCCUUGAUCUCUGUCGACGGCAUGCAGCUCUUGGAACAAUGGUUUAUGGCGAUGCUAGCCCUGUAUACUGGAACUCGCACAGCCUAUGUGUCUCUAUCCUUCUUUUCACAGGUCUUCAUGCUUCGGGAGAGGCAUCGAGGCCAGAAAAACAGCCCCAAAAGCCUUCGUUUUGUGUCGAACAUAAACGUCUACUCUAUAGCUACAUCUUUGCAAAUGACAAAUCCGAGGUCUCCUUCACUGGUAGGCCGCCACUUCUAAGCCGUCGCUAUUGCUCAUCAGUGCCGCCCCUGGACCUCCCAGAUAGUUGUAUGGUAUCUGAGGACACGCUGAUAGAGGAGUUCAAAGCUCUGGACGAAAGGGGCUGGAAUGUGAAGGGUGAGAUUUCCAGCAACAGUUACAUACGGGCUCGCUACUUGAUGGCGUAUGUCUUUGAUGAGGUAAUAGAAGUGGCACUUGGAAACAACACCCAUGUCACGCUUGAAUAUCUGGACUUUGAUUUAGUUAUGGUCACGGUCAAGCUCUGGAUACAUAAGAAUCGUUUUGCGCCUAUGCGGCGGAACUUUGAAUGGCUUCUGGUAGCGUACGGAGCUCUAGGCGGAGGCAUUCUCUGUCAAGAACUACUUCGACCAACCUUCUUCGGAGUUCAUCCCUUGAAUCCUGCUCUUUCACGAUCCAACAUCGUACAACAACUGAGCUUGCUAGUUGCUUUCUUGAACUGGGUCGGUCCCAGUUCGCCAAACAGAGUUGUCUGUGGAGACUGCGAAGCAAUCAUUCAGCGUGUGCUUGAUGAGCAUUUGAACUCGGAACCGACUGGCAAUACAGACCUGGUACCGUUAGGUAUAGGGGUUCCUCCGUCUUUAACAUUCGGGUUUGAGCUGCUUAAUACAUUUGAGUGGCUCCAGAACGGCAUUUAG